UUCAACGAAGAAGAAGUGGCAGCGUUCACUGUCAGUUGGUUGCUUGCUCGGGAAAAAAGGAGAAAGAUGGCUCUCGCGAGCUUUUUACCGGCGCCCACCCAGCUUUCGCAAGACCAGCUAGAAGCGGAAGAUAGACUUCGUGCCCAGAAGUCAUACUCGACUGCCUUGGUUGCUUCCCGAAGAGAACCACCACCUUACGGUCACAGACAUGGAUGGGUGCCUCGCGCUCUGGAGGACUUUGGAGAUGGAGGAGCGUUUCCUGAGAUCCACGUGGCACAGUUUCCUCUGGAGAUGGGUCGGCAAAAGAAAACCUCUAAUGCUUUGACCAUGCAAGUGGAUGCAGAAGGAAAAAUAAAAUAUGAUGCAAUUGCAAGACAAGGACAGAGCAAGGAUAAGGUGAUCUUCAGUAAGUAUACAGAUCUACUUCCCAAAGAAGUCAUGAACGAUGACCCCCCAGAACUACAGAAGCCAGAUGAGGAAACUGUUGAAGAGCUGACAGAAAAGACUCGCGCUGCCCUCAGCAAGCAGGUGUCACAAAAGAUUGCUGCUGCCAUGCCUGUCCGUGCAGCAGACAAACAGGCCCCCGCACAGUACAUCAGAUAUACCCCGUCCCAGCAGGGAGUGGCUUUCAACUCCGGAGCAAAACAGCGUGUUAUCCGCAUGGUGGAAAUGCAGAAAGACCCCAUGGAACCACCACGUUUCAAAAUCAACAAGAAGAUUCCUCGUGGACCCCCGUCCCCGCCGGCACCUGUCAUGCAUUCGCCAAGUAGAAAGAUGACAGUUAAGGAACAGCAGGAAUGGAAGAUUCCUCCAUGCAUCUCCAACUGGAAAAACGCAAAGGGUUACACCAUCCCUCUAGACAAGCGUUUGGCGGCUGACGGAAGGGGACUGCAAACAGUUCACAUCAACGAGAACUUCGCCAAGCUUGCUGAAGCGCUCUACAUCGCUGAUAGAAAAGCUAGAGAGGCAGUGGAGCUGAGAGCCCAAGUGGAAAAGAAGAUGGCCCAAAAGGAGAAAGAAAAGAAAGAGGAGAAACUCAGGGAAUUGGCCCAAAUGGCCCGAGAUCGCAGAGCGGGAAUCAAAAGCCAUGGCGACAAAGGCGGUGAAGACAGUGAAGCAAGGGAGCGUGAUGAGAUCCGCCACGACAGAAGGAAAGAGAGACAACACGACAGGAACAUUUCCAGGGCAGCUCCUGAUAAGAGAUCCAAGCUCCAAAGGGACCAGGAUAGAGAUAUUAGUGAACUUAUUGCCCUUGGUGUGCCCAACCCUCGUACCACUAGUGGAGCUCAGUUUGACCAGCGACUUUUCAACCAGAGUAAAGGAAUGGAUAGUGGCUUUGCUGGUGGUGAGGACGAGACAUACAAUGUGUAUGACCAGCCAUUCCGCGGCGGUAGAGACAUGGCCUCCAACAUCUACCGGCCCAGCAAAGCCAUUGACAAAGACGCUUACGCCGAUGACUUUGACACACUCAUGCAAAACAACAGGUUUGUUCCUGACAAAGAGUUCUCUGGCGCUGACCACGGGCAGAGGCGUGAGGGACCUGUCCAAUUUGAGGAGGACCCCUUCGGUCUGGACAAGUUCUUGGAGGAGGCUAAGCAGCACGGGGGCUCCAAAAGAGCAUCUACCAGCAGCCGCUCCAAGGACGACUACCACGACAAGAAGCGUAGAAAGGAGUGAGGUCCAAAGGUCAUACCUUAAACAAGAGGAUGUUUGGUUAAACCCUUUGUAUAUAUCACCGGUCUUUUAUUCCAUUCAAAUGUCUUUUUUUUUUUUCACACAAUGUGAAAGUUACUUCUCCUUUUUUUUUUUUUUUUUUUUUUUUUAAUGUCUGUACAGUUUGACCAAAAGCAUUUAAAGAGCAGAGGUACAAAAGAUUCCGCCCUGGAAGUGUUUAGAUUUAGUGUAGCUUUGAUUUCGUGAAUACACUCACAAAAAAAAAAAGCUAUUUCCCUUGCAACAGCUUUUGUUUUUUGUCAUUUAUGUAAUAUUUAAGAUUACUGUGUAUUGUACAAUUAGCAUUUACUGUACACUUUAACAUCCUUGUGAUCUUUGUAAAACAGAAUAAAUUUCAUUUAG